AUGAGCCGUCCCUCAGUCAGCACCAGCGUGGCCCAGCAGGAGGCGGUGCAGCUGGCGGGGCUGCAGGUGAGCGCUGGGCAGCGCUUCCUGCAGGCGAGGCCCCGGCAGGCAGGCAGCCCCGAGGACAUGUGGCAGGUCAGGAGCAGCUGCCAGUCGGGCCGAAUCGUGGCUCUGCAGUGCUCAGAGUGUGGGCUGCAGGCGGGGGCUGCCAGGGUGGUGGGGGGCACAGACGUGUCCCCCGGGCGCUGGCCCUGGCAGGUCAGUGUGGUCCAGGGCUCCCAGCACCGCUGUGGGGGCUCCGUGCUGGCCCCCGAGUGGAUCCUCACGGCAGCUCACUGCGUGCACAGGCAGUCCCCAGCCCCAGCCUGGCAGGUUUUUGCGGGAAUUGUCGCCCGCAGCUCCCUGGGGCCCGAGGCCGGGGUGCCGGUCCGGGAAAUCAUCGCUCACCCGCUCUACAACGACAGCAGCCUCGACUACGACAUCGCCCUGAUGAGGCUCCGAGUGCCCCUCAAUUUCUCAGGUGCCAUCCGAGCCGCCUGCCUGCCGCCCCCCCCGCAGGACCUGCUGCAGGGCACGCCGUGCUGGGUGUCCGGCUGGGGCUCCACCACACCUGGCCAAGCACAGAUAGCCGGCACGCUGAAGGAGGCGCUGGUGCCCCUGAUUGGCACCCGGAGGUGCAACAGCUCCUGUGUGUACAAGGGAGAGCUGACAGCCAGGAUGCUGUGCGCAGGACACCUGCAGGGACAGGUGGACGCCUGCCAGGGGGACAGUGGGGGGCCCCUGGUGUGCUGGGAUGGAUCCACGUGGCGCCUGGUGGGGGUUGUGAGCUGGGGCCAGGGCUGUGCUGAGCCCAACCACCCCGGGGUCUACAGCAACGUGGCUCAGCUGCUGCCCUGGAUCCACCAGGUCACCCAGAUGCACUAGAAAUCAGGCAAGGGCACACUCCACACAGCAACGCUCUGCCCUUCCCACGAGUGAAGAACAGCCCAGGACUGGCUCCUCCUGUCUCACUGUAACCCAGACUCCCAGACAUGUUCAGUAUAAAUAGUUUAUUAAAGAAAAUAGCAAAUUACAGUUCUGUGAACUAUCAACAGGGGAGAAGGGUUUUUCAAAACAGACAUUUUUGGAUCACUGUGUUUGAAGGGGCAGGGGAUCCCAUGAGAUGCCAGCGUUCUGGGAACACUCAGAGGGGGGGAAAAUAAAAACAGAAAGGUUCUGCAAGGACUGGAAUGACAUGAAAGCCUCAGCCCCUGCAGAAAUGCCUGGAAAUGGGAACAGGAGUGGGACAAAAGUGCCAGUGACAAGGAAACAACAGACUGAAACAUUAAACUCUGACUGGAACUCUUCUAAGCACUACAGGGCAGGAAGGACUUUGAUCCACAUGUGCAGCACCUUGGUCUCUGGGCUAAGCUCAGUGAGUGCUCUGAGUUUUUCAAUUCAAAGAAAUGUACAAUAAUCCAAGUGUCAAACACAGCCUUUUGUGACUAAAAGCCGUGAGUGCACCUUUCAUUCCCUUUUUAUACUGCUUUACAUUUCUCUCACCAUUCCUGAAGGACAGAAAACACAACACCAGAAAGACACCAGGGUUACACAACAUAAACGAGCUGAUCUGGCUUCUACAGACAUUGAGAAGUUCUAAAUCAGCUUGAAGAUAUUUUCCAUGAGGAAUAAGAGAAUUUUCCUACUUGUGAGAAAUCCUGUGCCCUGAGCACAUUCAGCACAGGAUCUCCCUUCCCCACAUCUCUCUAAAGCAUCUCCCCCUCGAGGUCUGCCCCUCAGGGGAAGCUGAGGUGGGAAAGUUUGGCACUUCCUGGAGGGAUAUCAAAGCUCUCCAAGUCUGUGGGUCCCGUGUGGUUUGAGGGACAGAGGAGGUCACAGAGGGGCUGCAGGUCCCCUGAUGUAGAAGUGCAUAGUAAAGUCCCAGCUGAGCACUGACAACGCCCCUGCAGAGCCCUGAGCCCAGCCUGAGAUGAGGUUACACAAACACUGAGCCAGGAAAUGCUCCUUCCCCCCAGGCAAGCUCCAGGAAGCUCUUACCUGCAUUAUAAAUAACAAAAGGGGAAUUUGUGGGAGGAUAGGUUGAAAGGACAGUACAGAAGGCAAUCUCUCCUGAUAAGUUACAGCUGUACUGAUUAUUGAGUGGAAAUGUCUGUGCCUGCCCAACGAGUUUGGGUGUUACAGAAGUGGGUUAGCUGGCCACUGGUUACAGUUUGAGUUGGAGCUCAAACUAGACUGAGAGCCUGCUGCAAUUUGGGAUGGAAUGUGCUGGCUGUGCUGUGAGGAGGAAGGGACAUGUGGUCCUGCAAGGGACAGACAGGGUUAGGCACUCAGGUAAGGGACAGCCUGGGGUUUAGCCAGUUAUGCAGAAGGAAGAAGGAAACUUGCAGAGAGGAGAGGAG